CGAUGUGCGCGGGGGGUGCCGGGAAUGUUUCUGGGGCACUAGCGGGCGAGGAGGGAGGUUGCGCUACUAGAGAUCGAAGCGCUCGCGCAGGCGGGCGAUAGCGAGUGAGCGGAGCCGGCCUAGAUGUGAAUUACUGCAAUGAGUAAACGUAAGUCAAAAGAGACUAGCUCUGCAAAUGAAGAAUGCAUCUCGCAGGUACAAAGAAUUUUUCGUGAAAGAUUUUGUCACCAGUGUCCUAGUGGAAAACUAUUUGGGCUUGAACUUCAGUACAAACACCUGCUGGAGCUGCUGAAACGAACUACUAUCCAUGGAGAAAGUAAUUCUGCACUCAUUAUUGGACCUCGGGGAUCAGGAAAGACUAUGUUAUUAAAUCAUGUCUUGAAAGAGCUCAUGGAAAUAAAGGAAGUAAGAGAGAACCUCUUGCAAGUUCAUCUAAAUGGGCUCCUACAAACAAAUGAUAAAAUAGCUCUCAAGGAGAUCACGAGACAGCUACAAAUGGAAAAUGUGGUAGGCGACAAAGUUUUUAACCCAGAUACACCCCAGCCCAGACACCUGCACUGCUUACCCUCUCCCAGAGCCCAGCUGUUGGGGGAGGGCCCAGUCCAGACACUUGGAUACAUGUUCUACCCUCCCAAAAUCCAGGGAUUGAGAGUGGGAAACAUCUUGAUGCUGGGUCUGGAUUCAUGUGCCUCCUUCUUUCAGGGCAGCUUUGCCGAAAACCUUUCAUUUCUUCUUGAAGCUUUAAAGAAAGGUGACCGAGAGAACAGUUGUCCAGUGCUGUUUAUACUGGAUGAAUUUGACCUCUUUGUUCAUCAUAAAAACCAGACAUUACUGUAUAACCUCUUUGAUAUAUCCCAAUCAGCACAGACUCCAGUAACUAUUAUUGGACUUACAUGUAGACAAGAUAUUUUGGAACUCUUGGAAAAGAGAGUAAAGUCAAGGUUCUCCCACCGACAGAUAUAUUUGAUGAAUUCGUUUGAUUUUAAACAAUAUCUAAAAAUAUUUAAAGAGCAGCUAUAUCUACCUGCAGAGUUUUCAGACAAGACUUUCACACAGAAAUGGAAUAAGAAUGUUCAGUCUCUUUCAGAAGAUAAAACUGUGCAAGAUGUGCUACGAAAUCAUUUCCACUGCAGCAAGGACCUGCGAUCACUUCACAUGCUUUUGAUGCUUGCUUUAAGUAGCAUAACAGUAUCUCAUCCAUUUAUGACUGGAGCAGAUCUUCUUGAAGCAAGCAAGUUGUGCAGAAUGGACUCAAAAGCGAACAUCGUACAUGGUUUAUCUGUGCUGGAAAUCUGCUUAAUCAUAGCUAUGAAACACUUAAAUGAUGUUUAUGAAGGAGAACCAUUUAAUUUUCAAAUGGUCUAUAAUGAAUUUCAGAAGUUCAUACAACGGAAAGCACAUUCCAUGUACAACUUUGAGAAACCUGUUGUUAUGAAGGCGUUUGAACAUUUACUACAACUAGAGUUAAUAAAACCAGUAGAUGGACCAUCUGUGCGUGCCCAGAGAGAAUAUCAACUAAUGAAGCUGCUUUUGGACAAUAGUCAAAUCAUGGACGCUUUGCAGGUGUAUCCAAACUGCCCAACAGAUGUGAAACAGUGGGCAACAUCCUCACUGAGUUGGUUGUGAACUUUCUGAAGCUUAUUAAAGCACAUCAGCGUGAAAUACAGUAAGUUGAUUGUAUUCUGAGUAUCAUGCACUGAAAUUAUUCUCUGAAAGUUAUACAGAAUUUUUUUAAAUAUAGCAUCCGUGUCAAAUAUUUCAUUGUACUGAAAAUAAACUUGAAUGGGAUGUUUACAAUGUGUGGGUAGUCUAAACGAGGGCUGUUAAAUAUUGGUUAAUUGAAUAGUCUAUUAACCUCAUGAAGUCGUAUUGGUUACUUGACUGUUCUAUAGUCCUCAGCCGUGAGGCCAGGAGCGAGUGUGCUCUGGCUCCACCCUUGAGGAACCCCCUGCCACUCCCAUGCUGCUGUCUGAUACAAGAGGGGAUGUCAAGCAGCAGUGUGGAUGCCAGCUCCCCUCGCAGACUAGCUGCUUGUCACCCCAUGCUGUAGCCUUCGAUAGAGGCAGUAGCCCCUGUUAGGGUGGAGGGAGAGGUUUGCAGGUCUGAGCUGCGGGACCUGGCACAAGCUAGAAUUGAACUGGGCUGGCUGUCUGCUUGGCUGCUAAUACACUUUAAUUGCAGAACCAUAGCAGGGAGGUCCCAGACCCAGUGCAAGUCAGGACUGAGCUGGGCUGCUGGCCAGCCUGCUAAAAAAAACUUAGUGGCAAGAGUGGAGUGGAAGGGGAGAAAGUAUGCAGUCUCUACCAUUAACUGUUAAGCUUUUGCUUAUCAGUUAAUGGACUAUACUAUUUCAUCCCUAGUCUAAACACCAGUAGCAGAUUAGAUUCUUUUCCUAGCCUUCAGUUAAAAAUACUUUCUGGUUAAUUGCCAUAGUUCAGUUGGGUUUAGGUUUUCUUCAGGUAGGUCAAGGAUCUACAGCCACCUUCAGCCAGAUCCCCACCUGACUCAGAACCCCCUUCUGAACCUGCUAGGCCAAAUUGCCUGUCCACACCUUGGGUGCCUGGCCUGGAGAUGUAGGGCCUCAGGCUGUUGAGUCAAGCCCAACCCUAGCCCUCAGUGUCAGGGUGAAGUGCAGACUAACCACCAAAUUCGUGGGGGAAGAGGGCAGCAGGUUGAUCUAACAUUUGUGCAGUCAGUGGCUUAUACUCCCCACACUGAUGCUUGAGCCUUUAUUUGGCAAAAUUUGCAGAAUCUUAAGUGUGCAAAACAUUUUUUGGCACAGAAUUCCCUCAGGAGCUGUGUUCCCUAUAGUUGUGCCCCUGGUGGAGAGAUUGUCAUGCUUCCCAGUUUCAUACCAGAACAUGCACAACCAAAAGCAUGUGUUCACGUGUUCUUUCCUCCUCUUCUUCCCCUUCCCGUCUCCUCCGAGGAAUCCACCCAGGGGAAGAUCAGCUGUUGACAGCCAGUCAGGUACUGCAUCUCCCAAACCAGCUCUGCAGUUUAUAUACUUUUAUCUCCACAGUCAUGGUGAAUUGUAGAUUAACUGUUUAGAAACAACCUGUGAGCAAAGCAAGGAACACACACGUUCCUUUUCAGUGCCUCAAAUACCCCAGCAGUCUCUCACUGCCUCCCAACUCAGACUUGUAUUAGUAACACUUUCAUACUUUCUGCAAUGCACAAAGUGUGAUGUUUUAGUGUUCUGACUGAUCUAGGUAUACUAUUUUUAUUUCUUUUACUUGUCCUGGCUGCACGUGUCAUUUUCAGAUAAAAACUGACCUUAAACAUGCUUGGAUCUAACAAGAAGCAUACAACCCAUGCACAUUUUUGUAUGUCUAAUCGACUUAAGACCACAGUGACACAUCCCAGCUUAAGUUAUUAAACAGUCAUACCCUUUAACCCUAUUAGGAGGCAUGAGGCUUGAAGAUGGUUUGUGGUUCAUAGGUACAAAGGCUCCAGUCCAGUAACCACCAGAAUGAUCAUUUAACCUCAGUAAGAACAUUUUCAAUUUGAACAAUAGUAAUUUAUCUAUUCUAAGACAGACUUAGUUAUUCCCUUACAAAGAACUUCAAUUUCUGUUAUUAAACUCCUGCCAAAACUAUGGAAUCUACUCUAUCAGUGACUAUAGUGCACCAGUUCUUAAUUAUCAGCUCUGUAAUUUUCUGAAAAGCAGGGAUGGGCAUAAUCUAACAAAACCAGAAAAGCUGGUACAACUGGCUUCCAUAUAAAGUUGCCAGAAAAGGGAAAUAGUGAUAAAUAGUCCAAGUAGCACAUAAGACAUUUACCUUUUCUGGCUGUUUUUCCAUGGUUGAGGUUGAUGGAGUGGGAUACCAAAAGUUGCCUCCAAACAAAUCCACAGUAGGGGGUAAUAAAACCCAAAUUUGUGGACAGAAGCGUUAUUUCAAAGGAUACUGAAAGUGACUAGUAAAAUGCUUUCACUAUUUCGGCUGACCUACAGUUCUUGGGUUCAGUUCUGAAUCUCCACUCUUCUUAUUUAUAGGGAGAGGGAAGGGAGUGUCUCCCAGUCUUUUGCAGCUGUUUGGUUAACAAAUACCCUGCUGAAAACUGAACUGAAUUCUGCCUCCUAGUAAGUAAUGCAGGGAAACAUUUACCUUCUAUGUCAAAUGCAAGAAAUAUCAAUUAGCCUCUACUCUGCUUCUCAAUUGUAAUGCUAUAAAUAUGGCCGGGGGGAGGAAGAGGGAGAAGGGGUCCUCUCUAAGCUUUUCCUGUGCAAGGUCUCUGGAGAUCAAGUGUCACAGCACAAAAUGCACCUAGAUUCCAAGCCCCAAGAGAAGGUAUGAAAAGUUGAAAAAAGGCAUAUGCAAGUAAUACAGUAGUCACUUAAUUUUUAUUUAACUUUUGGGGGUAGGAGCAGAAAGAGCAUACAUUUUUAUUUAUACAAUAUUUAACAAUCACUUUUAUCCUGGGCUGGGGUUUUGUUUUUGAUACUUGCAGAAAAAUAGCAAGUAUAAUUUGACAGUAGUACAACAACCUGUGCCCAAAACAGAUAAAUACAGAGUAAAGCUAAAAUAAUUGCUUACCAAUAUCUUGAGAGGUAACGAAUAAUAUUUAUGGACUGAGACUGCAUUAAAAAAAAAGUACUGCUGGUUGAAUAUCUGAGGUAAAUGAUGUUCCAUCAAGGAUGCUACUUGUAUCAUUUUGCCCAUAAACCUGCAUAUAGCUUUCUGUACUUUGUACCAAAUGUUCCUAAUAAAAAUAAAUGCAUUGAAAAGGUUGAGAAGAGAAAUCAAGAAAUAUUCACUUCUGUUUGUUUACAUUUUAGCUGGCACUCCAAAACUCUUAAAGCUACUCUACAUGAAUUUUGCUAUUUCAAAUAGAAGGUACAAAGUGGUCAAUUUCCAUCCUGAUUUAUAGUUUCAAAACACCACCAUGAAUGACAACGCUAGUUCAGGAACUUCAAGAAUUGAGACACAAGUCUCAUCUGAAAUGCUAAGGUACAUGUAGUAGUAGGUGUACAAAGAGGAGUCAUGCAUCAUGGUAUAUAAAAAUUUCCUAGUAUCUAACAUGAACUAAAAAAAGGCAGGGCUUGGACUUCAAGGAAAGCCAAAAGCUGGCCAAUCCAUCAGUCCUGUGGCAGUUAUACAGCGUUCAUUUAAAUAGACAGGCAAAGCCAACAAGUUGGAAGUGAGAGCCAAGGGACUGACUUUUCUUCACAAGCCAAAAUACAGUGAACCACCGGAAUAGACCAUAUAUGUACAUACACACACCACCACACAUGCUGUAAGUACGAAGAGGGACAAUGGUCACUACUUCUGCUAGUAAGUAAUGCCAGAAUAUUUUCACUAGCUUAGUUCUUAUUUUUUCUUAUCCUCAUUCAUGAAUCUGGCUCAAACAUUUUAACUUGCACAUCAGCAAUAUUUACUGUACUAUAAAA